AUGCUACUCAUUCACCCCAACACAUCUGGUCAAGUGAUCGGACACCGGGUUAUAAACAGUAGAAGGCCUUUCAUGAAAAAUAACAACAACAACUCUAACAAUAAUCAAAGCUUUAACAAAACCCUUAGUGACAUUAAUAGACAUAACAAAAAUCGGUAUAACAUCUUAAUCAGCGACAACAUUAAAAUUAAAACCAACGCAGGUGGCCAAGACAACAACAGCAUUACUAAUUUUCGAUCAAAUGAUCAACGAACCAGUUGGGUAGGUACAAUACACAACGACUCGCUUUUCAGUGAAAAUAAUAAUAACUUCACUGAUAUCACUCGCGACAACAAGAACAACUACUACAAUUUUUCAAACCGCAGCAAAACCAAUUUCAAACAGUCGCAGUAUCAAUCAUCGCACGUACGUCAACACCAAGGUUUCAACUCAAUGAAUAAUAACAUCUCCGAAGGCCAACAACAACAAAAAAUUCAAAAUCGACUCAAAACAAAAUUUUUAAACAACAACAACAACAACAACGAUAAGAGCAGAAACGUGGAGUACUUGAUAGGUUACGGCAGCAGCAGCAGCAACGCAUACGACGCCUACUCGGUGACAGUCAUCAUCAUUAUAACAACAAUAUUUGUUUUCGUUACGACGUUGGCCAGUGCAGCUGUUCUCGUUUGCUGGUGCAAAAAAAGUUCAGAAAAUUCAAAACGCUUUAAAAGGAGACGAAGAAAAAUAAAUAAAGAGAAAGAUUAUUUUAAAAACGUCGAUGGUGACGUCUACUGCUAUGACGAUGUUAACAAAGAUGAUGAUGACGAGGACGACGAAGAUGAUGAUGACGUUAGUGAUGAUGAAGAGGCAGAAUUUUGUGAAAUGAUGAAGUUGACGGGCUCCGAUGACAGCGAUUAUGAAGUCACCACCACAAGCCUCACUGAAAAGGUUGAAAACGCCUCAAGUUACCAGAGCGAGCUGGAGCAGCGUGAUGAUGGCGAAGUUCUUCAUGAUGAAGAUAAUAAUAGAAACAGUGAUGAUAAUAGUGGCGAUGAGCAGAUUUACAAUAGUGAUGAUGACGACGAUGACGGUGGUGAGAACAACGAAAGUCUUGCAGAUAGUAACAAUGAAGCGCUGAUGGAUGGGUUCGGACACCAUCAAUUUGAUUCAACGGCAACUUGUAAUUGCAACUUUCCUAAUAUAAAUUCCACCCACUGCAACAAACGCAACGAACGACGCCUCAACGACAGCAAAAACUACAAUGAAAACUGCUACGACAACAACAGCUGCUUCAACAACUUUCACAAACAAAAUUUUGUUUCAAACACCAAAGAAAAAAAUUUCUCUUCAAAGAACACUGACGUUAUUCACAAAUCAAACAAAUAUAUUGAUAACCCGAACAAUUUCAACUCUGUGCCGAGCAACAACAAACACGAAAAUAAAAUUAAAGUCAACAACAAAUCAAACGCAAACUUCCCAAACAACAAUCUCGGAAUCAUCGGCUACAUGUUGCCGAAGCAAACCAACUACGCCAACAUGAACAUCGAGAAAGACAAAAGUGUGCUCAUGCUUAUAAAGACACGCAAGAAUGGAAUAGAGCACGCGAAACCGAUCGUUCGUCUUAAUAUGAAAAUUUGCCAAAAAUUUAAACCAGCUACCUCAUAA